AUGAAAUUUGAAUAUUUGUCGCUAGCAGUUCCUGUUGCAUCAGUGAAUGGAAAUAGGCAUCGCCGUGCUGCCUGGACUUAUGCUGAGCAAGGUGCCAAUUGGGAGGCUCCCGACUGCUCUGGGAGCAAACAAAGUCCAAUCGACUUGACUGGAGAUAUGGAGCAUAAAAAGCACAUUCCUUUAGAAAGAGUCAAUUAUGAUGCCGCCGGCAACUGGACAUUGAUGAAUUCAGGAUACACCAUCAAAAUGACCCCUUCAUCAUCAGAUAUCAAAGUGAGCGGAGGUGCUCUUGGUAACGAUUACAUGCUCGCUCAGUUUCAUCUUCACUGGGGAAGUGCAGAAGAAGGUGGCUCCGAACACGUGCUGAACGGAAAACGUUUCUACUCCGAACUACACAUUGUUCAUUUCAAAGCAGAGUAUGGAGGGUUAAAAGAAGCACUUGCUCAUAAUGAUGGCCUCGCCGUUCUUGGAUUUUUUAUCGACAGUGAAGAAGCAAAUGACGAAGGCCCCUUCGAUGAUUUUAUCAGAAAAACCGUCGCUAAUAAUGUCGAAGAAGCAAAAUCAGAAAAAGAAAUUAGUGAUUUUUCAAUGGACAAGUUAUUGCCAGCUGAACUAAAAGACUUUUACAGAUAUGAGGGAAGCUUGACCACACCGACAUGCAAUGAAGCAGUUGUAUGGACGGUCUUUAACGAGCCGAUUAAAAUAACCAAAAGUACGAUGGAGUUUAUGAAUCGAUUCACAAAGGACGCUGAAGGGAAAACCCUAGAAAAUAACUUCCGAGCGCUGCAGCCAUUAAAUGAACGCAAAAUCACUCAUUAUUCCAAAACAAUGAUGGAUGAGCACGAUCAUGGCAAUCACCCAGAAGGACACGACCACGCCGAUGAAAACGACCCGGCGGCGGAGCCAGAACCUGAGCCUGAAACUGAUUCUGAGAAGGACGCGGAGGAAGAUAAGGACUCUGACGCAGAGCCCGAGCCAGAGGGUUCCUCAGCUGCAAUUUACAGUUGUGCAGCUUCUAUUGCCACAUUAAUUUUGCUGCAUUCGCUUUAA